GGGGUUUCCGGGUUCCGGGGCCGGACGGACGGAGCCGCCAUGUCGCCGCUGUCCGCCUGUGCGCGGGUUUACGCGCUGGGGCUGCGGGCGCUGCUCGUACAGACACUGGGCCGCCGCUACACACCCGCAGGUUGAUGUUCAAUGGAAAGCUCCAUGUUUAGAACUGUGUCCAAGAAGCCAUGGAGCACAGGAACGCGGAAGGCUCCACCUCGGACCUGAAGCUAGUUUGCCACCCGAGGGCAAAGAGUAAAGUGUGGAAGUAUUUUGGGUUUGACACUGAUGCGGAAGGAUGCAUCCUGCAGUGGAAGAAAAUCUACUGCAGGGUUUGCCACGCUCAAAUUGCUUAUUCUGGAAACACGUCCAACCUUGCCUACCACCUUGAGAAGAACCAUCCCAAUGAAUUCCAUCAGGUUGUCAAGAGCAAUGGGGAACAGACAAAGGACCCGUUUCCCUCCGGACCCUUGAAGCACGAGUCUGAAGGCGCUCACCUGAGCAUGCAAGACGCCAUCUUGAAAACCACCUACAGCCAAGACAGUAAACGGCACCAGGAACUGAUCUGGGUGGUCACCAGCUUCAUAUGCGAGGGGCUCUACCCGCUCUCUGUGGUGGAGGAGCCAACUUUCAAAAAGCUCCUCAAAAUGGCCGACCCGAGGUUUGAGCUCCCUGGCACAAAGUACUUUCACCGCAAAGCUAUCCCCGAGCGUUACCACCUCAUCCGGACCGCGGUGGAGAAAGAGUUGUCGGUGGCGGCGUGGUGCGGCGUGACGGCCGAUGUGUGGACGGCGCAGGGCCGCAACCAAUGCUACAUGUCCUUGACCGCCCACUUCCUGGGCGACACGAGCAGCCACUCCAACACCCUGAAGUUCACGUCCAAAUGCCUCACCACGUUCAAGGUGGCGGACGAGUACACGACGGAGAACCUGGCGCAGGCCCUGGUCGAGUCCUUCAGGGAGUGGGGCAUCAGCAAGAACGUGCUGGGCGCCACCACCAGCAGCGACUGCGAGAGCGUGGUGAACGCCUGCUCCCUGCUCAACCUCCACGUGCACCUGCCGUGCUUCGGCCAGGCCAUCAACCAGGGGAUCGGCCGGGCCCUCCAGCUCCCCAAACUCGGCACCCUCCUCCUGAAAUGCGGCAAGCUGGCCGAGUACUUCAAGCAGACGCCGAGGGCCGCCUACGCACUGAGCGAGAUGCAGAAGCAGCAGAAUCUGCUGCAGCAGCAGCUGGUGAAUGACUGCAGCACCUGGGGAAACACCCUGUCCAUGUUGCAGCGUCUCAGGGAGCAGCACACAGCAGUCAUGGCCGUGCUCUUUGAGGACAGCAUGAAUUACCAUCUGAUGCCGGAAGCCAACGAGUGGAACACCAUCGGGGGGCUGGUGGAAUUGCUGCAGCCGUUCCACCAAGCCACCGAGUUGAUGGGUAGAUCGAAGUACCCGCUCAUCAGCAUGGUGAAGCCCCUGCUCCACGUCCUGAUGAGCUCCACCUUGAACGUUUUGGAUUCGGACUCGCAACUGCUCGGCGCUGUCAAGGAGACCAUCGCCACGGAGCUGUCCGAGGUGUACCAGCUGUCCCCGGAGCUGGAGCUCUUCCUCCACUCCGCCACCUUCCUCGACCCCAGGUACAAGAAGGUCCCGUUCCUCUCCACCGCUCAGCAGAAGCAGGUGGAGAGUAAGAUCCUGGAGGAGGCCACCAGCCUGUUGGAGAAGGGCAAGGAGGUCUUUGGCGGAGGGGAGGGGAGCUUCGCCCUGGACGAACCACCGCUGAAACGCCGGGCGGUGUCACUGCCCCUGUACAACACCGGGAGCAUCGACUUCAUGCUGGCAGAAGUCUUCGGGCAGGCGGGCUGCAGCGAGGAAGACCAGGGCGGGUGCGGUUCGCAGGUGGCGGAGGAGCUGAACAACUACAAGUCUCAGAAGCUCCUGGAACUGAGCGAGGAUCCCCUCGCCUGGUGGUCCGACCGGCUGGUCCUGUUCCCCACCCUCAGCAAGCUGCUGCGGAAGUACUGGUGCAUCCCGGCCACGGCCGUCCCAUCCGAGCGCCUGUUCACGGCGGCCGGCAACCUGGUGAACACCAAGCGUAACCAGCUGGCCCCCGCCGAGGUCGACCGCCUCCUGUUCCUUUACGAGAACACCCGGCUCGAUCGCGAGGUGGCCGCGGAUGAAGACUAGCGCCCGCGAUCUGGACUCGAUCAUGUUCACUUGUCAGAGACGUAAACGCAAGGGUAAUCAAUGUUUUGCGUGGCUGUUGAUUUAAAAUAAAAGAAUUUUAUUUUUUUGGAAUGAGGCGGUAUAUAUACAAACGUAUAACUGUACAAAUCUAAAACUUUUAUUUAAGACGUCGACAUUGGGGUCGGGGAAUCAAACACCCGAGGACAUAGGUUAUUAGGUGAGAGGGGCAAGAUUUAAUAGGAACCUAAGCGGCAAUUAUUUUUUUGUGCUCAGGUUGGUGGUAAUAUGGAAUGGGGAGGCAGAUUGCUGAGGCAGAUACGACAACAGCAUUUACAAGACAUUGGAUGGUUGCACGGAUAGGAAAGAUUUCGAGGGAUAUAGGCCAAAAAUGGGACGACCACAGGUGAGGCAUUUUGGUCGGCAUCGAGGAGUUGGGCCGAAGGGCCUGUUUCCAUGCUCUGUGACUAUGACAUUGAAAUGAUCCAGAGUGGAAGAACAAACCACUGGAGAAACUCCGGACAGAAGGAAUGGGUAAUGUUUUGGGUCGAGACCCUUCUUCAAUAUAAAAUGUAUAUUUACAAUAUACAUCAAUGAUUUAGAUGAAGGGAUUUAGAGUAAACACUAGCAAAUUUGCAGAUGACACAAAGCUGGGUGGCAGUGUGAACUGUGAAGAGGAUGCUAUGAAGAUGCAGGGUGACUUGGACAGGUUGGGUGAGUGGGCAGAUGCAUGGCAGAUGCAGUUUAAUCUGGAUAAAUGUGAGGUUAUCUACUUUGGUGGCAAGAACAGGAAGGCAGAUUAUUAUCUGAAUGGUGUCAAGUUAGGAAAAUGGAAAGUACAACGCGAUCUGGGUGUCCUUGUUCAUCAGUCACUAAAAGUAAGCAUGCAGGUAUAGCAGGCAGUGAAGAAAGCUAAUGGCAUGUUGACCUUCAUAACAAGAGGAGUUGAGUAUAGGAGCAAAUAGUUGUACAGUUGUACAGUGCCUUGGUGAGACCACGCCUGGAGUAUUGUGUGCAGUUUUCGUCUCCAAAUUUGAGUAAGGACAUUCUGGCUAUUAAGGGAGUGCAGCGUAGGUUCAUGAGGUUAAUUCCUGGGAUGGUGGGGCUGUCAUUUGUUGAAAGAAUGGAGCGACUGGGCUUGUAUACACUGGAACUUAGAAUGAUGAGAGGGGAUUUUAUUGAAACAUAUAAGAUUAUUAGGGAAUUGGAGAGGCUAGAGGCAGGAAACAUGCUCCCGAUGUUGGGGGAGUUCAGAACCAGGGACCACAGUUUGGGAAUAAGGGGUAGGCCAUUUCGAACGGAGAUGAGGAAAAACCUUUCCACCCAGAGAGUUGUGAAUCUGUGGAAAUCUCUGCCUCAGUCGGCAGAGGAGGCUGAUUCUCUGGAUGCUUUCAAUAGAAAGUUAGAUACUCUUAAAGAUAGCGGAGUCAAGGGAUAUGGGGAGAAGGCUGGAACGGGGUACUGAUUGUGGAUGAUCAGCCAUGAUCACAUUGAAUGGCGGUGCUGGCUCGAAGGGCCGAAUGGCUUCCUCCUGCACCUAUUGUCUAUGUACCUAUGUAUCUAUGUUCAGACGCAGAAGAAGGGUCUCGACCUGAAACGUCACCCAUUCCUUCUAUCCAGAGAUGCUGCUCGUCCUGCUGAGUUACUCCAGCAUUUUGUGUCUUGUUUUCGGUUUAACCCAGCAUCUGCAGUCCCUUCCUGCAACUGGAGGAACUCGGCAGGUCAGGCAGCAUUCUGUGGACGGUAAUGGUCAGAUGGUCAUUUCAAACUGAAGAAGGGACCUGACCUGAAACAUCACCUGCCUGAUUCCCAAGGCAGAGCUACUGACCCGCUGAGUUCCUCCAGUUAUUCACUCGAAACUUCCAGCAUCCGUAGUCUCUAGUGUCUCCAACUGAGAGGAUUGAUAUUUAUUUUCAUCCAUCAGAUAAGGAAGUAACUAUUGUGUGCCAUGCCAUCUAUUUAGUCUCCAGUGGAAGUGACUAAAUGACUGAAUGCAUUUCGUUGUCUCUGUACUGUACACUGACAAUGACAAUUAAAAUUGAAUCUGAAUCUGACACGAGCAAUAAUCUAACAUUCCUUUAAUUUUGCUGCCAUAUUUUUGUAAUCUCCGCAAUUGUUGCAGACUUACGCGAGCCGUGUGAGAUUGCACACUACUUGAAGGGCUAAACGUUGAAAGUUGAAGAAAAAAUGUGACUUCUUUGUUGAAUAAGAAGGCGACUUCAUAACUGUAUAAAAUAAACUUUAAACCUGCUCUA